AUGAAGAGCGGACAAAAUGAAAAAAUAAUGGACUAUUUGUCGUGCACCCUAGACGAUGUAGUUGACAAAGAGAAAAAAAGUGGAAAAAAUAGUAUUUUAAAUUUAAAUAAUUCCAAAAAAUAUGAUUAUAAAUCAAAGUUUUUUAGUAAAAAAGACCUAACGCAAAGUAGCUCAGGUUAUCGAGGCAGAGGAGGAGGGGGUGAAAGGUCAAAAUUUACGAGCAGUAGAAGACCAGGAAGUUUUAAGAAGCCAUUCUUUAGCAAAAGAUUAAUUGAUAAAAAAUAUAACAAUUUCAGAAGUAAAAAAAUUUACUCAGGCCCAAGCAGAGAUUAUUUUAAAAGUAGACCAAGCGCUCAUAAUUCCCGCUACGCUUAUGAAAGUCAUAAUAUUCCCUAUAAUAACAAAAAUUUCGUCAAUAAGAAAAAUUUGAUUAAUAGUGUUAAAUCUUCUGGAACUACAUACGUGGGUAGUAGUAGUGUAGCAAAAAGCAAACCAAGAAAAAUAUUUAAGCCAAUUCCAUCAUCGAGGACAACUGUAAUUACUAGCAGUGCAAAUAGCUAUAAAACUGUACAAGUUCCAAGCCAGAAAUUAAGCAACUUAAAUAUAUCCCUUUUUCGUAAUAAGAGAACCGUUGCUCUGAGGACUAAUCGACCUACCACCAAUCUCUCGGUAAAAAGAAGUAACGUCAGCACGGUUAACAAAAGUAAAGUGGUUAGAAAAGCAAUACAGAAGACCACCAUAAAAGCGAAGACCAGAAAAAGUGUCAACGGAUCUAAGUUUAAACCGUUAAAUAAAUACUUUUUGUCAAAAAUUAAAAUUGUUACGUCGUUAAAUAAAAUCCCAUCCCCGCUGAAGGAGCAGAAGGACACGGAAGUUAAUCUCCCGGAGUCUUUGAAUAAUCCCAGCGCCAGAAAGGAUUAA